AACAACCAAAGGCAUCGUCUAGUGAUCAUAUUCAUAUACUUAAAGUCGAACGCAGGCCAUCCGUUAUUUGGCUUUUCAUCGCCACCUAUAUAACCAGAACUGCUUCCUUGUCGUGAUGUCUAGCCAACCUCUUCUUCAAACUGCGCAAGGCAAGCGCAUCGCGCUCCCGACGCGCGUUGAGCCCAAGGUUUUUUUUGCCAACGAGCGAACGUUCCUCUCAUGGCUCAACUUCACUGUCAUCCUCGGUGCCCUCGCCAUCGGCAUGCUCAAUUUCGGAGACCGCCCCGCCUUCAUCUCGUCUUUCUUAUUCACGGGCGUCGCGAUGGCAACGAUGAUAUAUGCACUCAUAACGUACCACUGGAGGGCAAAAUCGAUAAGGAUGAGGGGGCAGGCGGGCUUCGAUGACCGGUUUGGUCCGACGUUCUUGGCCAUCAUCUUGCUGCUUGCAGUAGUGGUCAACUUCGUUUUGAGAAUCGCUUACUCGUCCCAAGACAAGCAACCUUGAGAGGCGCAGCUUAGGGAGACAGUUCCUGGGAUGUGGGCUGCGAUGCUCGCGGCUCUUCCAGCAUCUGAACUUCGUCCCUACGAUCCCCGCAAUGGUGUGGUUCGGCAUCCAAAACAACCGAAGCUAGUGUGGAUAUGCGAUGGCGGAUCGCGGUAUGCGGCGAAGCGAUGAUAAUAGGAACGGACACCACGUGUAUUUGCCUGGGUUUAUACUAUCGGCGUUGGUCAGAAAUUGCAUACUUGACGAAUCGCCCCCAA